AUGGCCUCGCUGAGGGCACUUGCAGGCCCGAAUCACAAAUACAAGGCCAUCCCGAUACCUCUCUCUGGUCAAAAUCCUGCCCAGCAAGUGUUUGACGAGCGGCCUCCUCGUUCAAAGUUUUUUAAACUGUCAAUGGGCGUCAUGCUGCUCGUUCUCUUCGUCUUCCUGGGCUUUGCCUUUGCGCGUGAUCGGUCAGAUUCCAAAUCAUGUGUUACCAAUGGCACGUGUAACCAGAAAUCUAAUAAGCACUGGGGUCAGUAUUCACCCUACUUCUCGGCGCAUGAGGGAUCAAUCAAGCCCGGUGUCCCAUCCGGAUGCGACAUCACUUUUGCCUCCAUCUUGUCACGCCAUGGAUCUCGUAACCCAACAGCCAGCAAAUCAAAAGCCUACAAGGACUUGGUUGAGCGAAUUCAAAGGGAUGUGAAGAACUAUGGAAAGGGAUACGAGUUCCUCAAGAACUACAAGUACACUUUGGGCUCCGACAAUCUUACCGCUUCAGGUGAAAAGGAGAUGGUCAAAUCUGGAAAGAAAUUCUUUAAGCGUUAUGCGAAAUUGGCCGAAGAUUCCACCCAUCCUUUCGUUCGCGCUUCGGGCUCUGACAGAGUGGUCAUGUCUGCCCAAAAGUUCGUCCACGGAUUCUACAAGGCCAAGGGCACGAAUGGCAGCAAGUAUUUCGAGGAUAUUCUCGUCAUUCCUGAAGGCAAGGGUAGCAACAACACUUUGGACCACGGAACCUGCAAUGCGUUUGAAGACGGGCCAAAUGCCGAACUUGCGCACGAGAUGCAAGCCCCGUGGAGGAAGAUUUGGGCCACUCCUAUAAUGAAACGACUCAACGAAAAGCUUCCCGGCGCCAAGAUAACCCUGGACGAAACUGUCUUCUUCAUGGAUCUCUGCCCCUUCAACACUGUUGCCUCUAGCCAUGACAAGCAUUCUGACUUUUGCCGUUUGUUCUCCAAAGAGGAAUGGCGUGGGUACGAGUACUACGAGUCGCUGGAGAAAUGGUAUGGCUAUGGCCCGGCAAAUCCUCUGGGGCCGACCCAGGGAGUUGGCUAUGUCAACGAACUCAUCGCUCGUCUAUCACACGCACCAGUCAAUGAUCACACGUCAACAAACACCACUCUCGACUCGAGUCCGCCCACAUUCCCUCUCAACCGACUAAUCUACGCCGACUUCACACACGACAACACCAUGAUGACAAUCUACGGUGCCCUUGGCCUGUACACAAAUGCCACCGAACUUCCAACCGACCACAGGGUAUCGCCCAAGAAUGCAGAUGGGUAUUCUGCCUCACAGGCCGUCCCAUUCGGGGCACGAAUGUACGUCGAAAAGAUGCACUGCGGUAGAGACAGUCACGAAUUGAUCCGAGUCCUCAUCAACGAUAGAGUUGUGCCUUCCAAGGGCUGCAAAGCCGACAAACUGGGUCGUUGCAAAGUUGAUGAUUUCAUCAACGGGCUGAAUUUUGCUAAACAAGGCGGUCACUGGGACCAGUGUUGA